AUGUCUCUACGUCUACAAAAUGAUAUUUCUGUAAGCUAUUCUGUUGUUUCGGCAUCAACUGAAUUAAAUGGAAUACCAAAUGCUGAAGGAACAAAAACACCACCACCAUCACCUGUUUUGGAGAGAAAUAAUUCAAAACCAAGUUUGUUUUCAUUAGCAAAUGUGGCUGUUAAACUUAAUGAUUUAUGGACAAGUGCUAAAGAUAAAUUACUUGGUGAAGAUUACUGGAUUCCUUCUGAUCCAUGUGAGGUAGUCUUUUUUCCAGACGAAUUGUUGUUAGGACACGAAAUUGUUUAUCCAAAUUCUUUGGAUGAAAAAAAAAUUAUACCAAUUCCAUCAUUAAGAGUUGUUCAAGGAACUAUAAAAAAUGAACCAUCAAAACCAUUACAUCAUGUUGUUUAUUCAUACAGUGUAGAAACAAAAGUAUUUAAAUCAUUAUCUUUGUUUCGUUCUCAGGAAAUGGAAGAUGCAUUAGAUUUUUAUCGUCGAUGUUUAGAAUGCAAAAUAUUAUUCAAAUUUCUUGAUAAGUCAAAAGAUUGUCGUAAAAAAAUUCGUGAUAUUACAACGAUGUUCCAGGUUCGACCACUUUGGAAAGUAUUACAUAUAGCAAUUGCAUGUCAAAGAAGUGAUAUAUUUUCACCAGAUGGAAUAAAUUUUUUAAAAACAAAAAAUCAUGAUAUUAAAGAUUUCAUUAAUGUAAUUUCGUUACCUGAAGGACAAUAUCCUUUAAUGUUAGCAAUUCAAACCAAUCAACCAAAAAUAGUUAAAGUAUUAUUGGAACAAGGUGCAAGUGUAUCUCAAGUUGAUAUGAAUGGAAACAAUGCAUUACAUUAUGCUGCUUUAGUAUCAUCAAACAUGAUUGAAUUAUUAUUUGAAUUUGAAGAAACUAAAUCAAUUUUAAAUUCACUUAACAAUGAUGGUUUUACACCUGUCCUUUUAGCAAUUAGAAAUGCUAAUCCUAUUUGUAUGACAACAUUAUUACGUCUUGGAGCAGAAUUAAAUCCAAAAGGAUCUGGAAAAAAUGCUUUAUUUGAAGCAAUUGCAUCUAAAGGAAAAGGCCAAGAUGUUAUAAAAAGUAUUUUAGAGGCAUCACCUAAUUUAUUACAUGCAGUUGAUGAGUCAACAGGAAACACUGUAAUUCAUAUAGCUACUCAUAAAAAUCCAUUAAGUAAUUUAUUGUUUUUAAAAGCUCAAGAAAUGAAUUUAAAUAUUUUAAAUAAAGCUGGUCAGGCUCCUAUUCAUAUAUUUACAAAUCGUGGUGAUUUAGGAAUGAUAAUGUGUAUUGCAUCAUAUAAUUGUAAUUUAAAUCUUCCUAAUGGAAAUGGUGAUACAGCUUUACAUAUUGCAGUUUCAAAUAGAUAUUUAGAAGUAACAAGACUUUUAUUAUCAUUAGGUGCUGAUGCAAAUGUUUGUAAUCUUCAUGGAGACACACCAAGGCAUGCUGCAGCAAAAUUAAAUGAAAAAGAAAUAUUAAAUAGUUUAAUGAUUUGUGAUGCUAAACGAUGCCCACCAAGUAAAUCAGGAUGUGUUUCUGGUUGUGUUAGUGAAUCAUCAAUGAAAAUAUUAUAUAAAAAUAGUAAUACAUCAUCACGAGAAAAUCUUGUUAAUCAAAAAAAUAGUAAUUUAAAUAACACAGAUAAAAAUGAAAUAGAUGAAAUAAAUGGUGAUAAUAAUUUUAUAUUAAAUAAAAAACAAGAUAUUAUAUAUGAUGCCUUAAUUAAAACACUUAAUGGUAUGGAAAAAGAUAUUCAAGAAGGUAAUAGUAAAUAUAUUAAUGUAUUAUCACUUGAUGGUGGUGGUAUUAGAGGAUUAUUAUUAAUUCAAACAUUAAUAUUUAUUGAAAAAAUAAUGGGAGAACCAAUUGCUCCAUAUUUUGAUUGGUGUGCUGGUACAUCAACUGGUGCCUUAAUAGCUUCAGGUUUAGCUCAAGGAAAAACAUUAAGAGAAUGCCAAUUAAUAUACUUACGUUUAAAAGAUUUCAUUUUUGAUGGAUGGGUUAGACCAUAUAAUACAAAUCAUUUAGAAACUUUUAUUAAAAAAGAAGUUGGAGAAGCAAUUCUUCUUAAUGAUUUAAAAUGGCCACGUUUAAUGUUUCCAACAGUUAAAGCUGAUAUAUUUCCUGUUCAAUUAGAAAUGAUGCGUAAUUAUAAACUACCAUUAUCUGAUGAAGAAAAUAUUAAAUUAGGUUAUAAAAAUACUGAUGAUUUAUAUCUUUGGAAAGCAUUAAGACGUUCCUCAGCAGCUCCAACAUUUUUUUCAUGUGUUGAUAAUACUUAUAUUGAUGGUGGAAUUAUUUCUAAUAAUCCUACAUUAGAAAUUAUAUCAGAAAUUGAAAUGUGGAAUAAUACAAAUAUAAUAUUAAACAAAGAAGAAAAUUGUGUUAAAAUUGGAUGUUUAUUAAGUAUUGGAACAGGUGUUAUACCAACAAUACCUUUAGAUCCAAAUAAUAUGGAAAUAUCAGCUAAUCCAGUUGCAUUGUCAAUGGCUAUAAAAACAUUAGGUGUAAUGCUUGUAGAACAAGUUACUGCUACAGAAGGUGCUCCUGUUGAUAGAGGAUUAUCAUGGUAUAUAGCAAUGGAUACAAAAGAUGAUUUAGAUUUAUCAAGAAUGAUGUGGGAAUGUAUUGCCUAUUUAAAUAAAAGAAGAAACUAUAUUAAAAAAUUGUGUGUUUUAAUAAAAAAAAUAGGUCCAUCAUACAAAAGAAGACACUUAUUUGGUAUUUAUGGAAAAACAAAUUGUAAUAAUAUGUCUACACAAACAACAACACCUGAACUACCCGAUCAUGCUGAACCACCACUACUUAAAAAUUAUGGUGAUAUUGAAUAUAUAGAUACACAAUAA